AUGAAAGAAAGAUUUGUAACGGAUCUGGAUUUUGUAUCUUUAUAUCCUAGCAUUAUCAUGGCCUACAACCUCUCCCCAGAAAAAAAUCAUAUUGGAGUGAGAAAGGCUGAUAAUGUUCAUAAAAUGGGAAUGAGCUUCAUAAGAUUGAGUUUAAAUUCAAUAAGUGUGAUGUUCAAGCUUGAUGCGGUGGAACUUAAAACAUGUCUGGCCUCAUUAGAAAAGAAAAAAAGACAUCUUGGAAAGAUGAAAACUUCAGCUAAAGAAAGAAGCAAAAGGAUUCUGGAAAGCUUUAAUUUAAAAUACUCAUCUGUUUGCUUCGAUUAUAAUUAUUUGGAUUCAAAGCAAAAAGCUUUGAAGGUAUAUAUAAACACAUUUUAUGGAGAAGCGGGAAACUCAAAAUCUCCAAUCUUUCUUUGUGAAUUAGCCUGUAGAACUACUAUAGUGAGAAAAUACAAUCUUAACCUUGUCGUAGAAUUUGUAUCAAGGAAAGGAUUUAGGAUAAAAUAUGGAGAUACUGAUUUUUUGUAUCUCACCUGCCCAGAUAGGUAUUAUGAGAAAUAUGGAAGGUUCCCUUGCACUUAUCCUUGA